UUGAUCGCAGUUUUUCCGACAGAAAUUUUGUACGUCUUCAAUUCAAACUUAGUUUUGGUUCGUCUCAACCGCUUGGCAAAAGUCUAUCGAGUACGGCAGUUUGUUGAUUUGACACAAAUUCGUACAGGGUUUCCAAGUGUAUUUCGAACCCUAAAAUUAGCAGUGUACUGCUACUUGAUAUUUCAUUGGAACGGAUGUUUAUAUUUCCAUUAUAGUGUUUACUAUAACAUCAAAGACGGCACUCCACUAGACUGGAAAUUCUCAUACGGCAAAAUUAUGAACCCAUUACUGGUUGAGUGUAAGAGUCGGAUUCACAACAAAGCGCGUUGUAUCUUCAUACGUUCUUUGAUCAUCGUACGACAAUUUUUCAGGACAAAGGUCAUUGAGUUUGGAAAAUUUACCAGGAAGUAUCUACAAAGUUUUUACUGGUCCGCAUUAACACUGAUAACGCUUGGAGAACAGCCGCCACCAAGUGCCACUUUCCAGAACCAGUUUGAAAUCAUGGACACAGUUAUUGGUUUGGUCAUCUUUGCAGUUAUUAUUAGUGAUAUUUCCAACAUGGUAAACGAUUUAAAUGCUUCAAAAAGCGAAUUUGAAUUUGAGUUGGAUGGUUGUAAACUGUUCAUGUACAACAGGAAGGUUUUACAUGUUUUGCAAAAACGAGUAAUCGAUUGGUUUGGCUAUAUGAAAAAUGAAGGAAUUUUAAGGAAUGAUGAGGAGGUUAGCAAUUUUCUUCCAAGGCGGCUUUUCGUUGAACUUAUUUCUUCAAUCCACAUCCAAACUCUUCUGCAAAGCGAUCUAUUUCAGAUUGAUUUCUUACAAAAGAUUAUUCUUAAACUUCAAUUACGCAUUUAUAGUCCGAUGGAUUACGUCUGCGAAAAAGGCGAUGUUGGAAAGGAGAUGUUCAUCAUAAAAGAAGGUCAAGUGCAGGUCGUAAGCGAUGACGGUACAAAAGUUUUUGCAACACUUUCUAAAGGAUCUGUCUUUGGAGGUCUUUCAAUACUGAACAUCCCAGGCAACAAGAAUGGCAACAAGAGAACUGCCAGCAUACGAUCAGUGGGAUAUACAGAUGUUUAUGUACUUACCAAGGACGAUUUGUGGGAAAUCCUUCAAGACUACCCAGCGCUUAAAAACAAGCUCCUCGAAAGAGGAAGAAAAGUACUGGAAAAAGACAAUUUAUUGGAAAACACUGACGAAGAACCAGAGUUGCACGAAUACGCUACAUUAGACGAGAAACUAGAGUUUAUUACUGCACAAUUAAACAAUUAUGAUGUAAAGCUAAAAAACCUUUACGACGAUUUCUCGGUUUGUUUUGCCGUACUGAAUUCUUGA